GGGAACAGGACGGGGCGGGGCUGGGAUCGGGACUAGAAGGAAGGAGGGUCUCUGUCCCCGCCCCGCUUGCCCCCGCAAUUCCGACGGGACUUGCAGUAGGCUGUAGUUAGAUCCGGCUCCAGCACCAGCCCGUACCCUGGCCCCACUAAGGGGACGUAGCGGCCAGUGAGUCCAUCGGUCCAUCUGCCCAUUGGUACGUCCCAAGGUCCCACCAUGGCGGAUUCGUCCUCUGCUGGGCGUCUUUUCCUUUUCUUGCUGCUACUACAUUCACCGCUGGGCGCAAAAGGAGGGGAGUCGUGUGGGUUCUUUGUUUCCUGUCCAGAGUUCUGCUGUGGGAACUGCUUUUCGAAGUACUGUUGCUCUGACGUGUGGAAAAAGUUUGAUGACGACAUUCUAUGCUCUGAUGACAGGCCAUUAAUUUGGGGAGAAAAAGACAGAAAAAUGACAUUUGAGCCUGACUUCGAUAGCGGCCCGUCACCAGGUUUCGCGAUAUCUGUGGGCAUUGGAACAGCCAUCUUUGUGCUCUUUGUGGUCAGCAUCAUCCUCUGUUUCACAUGUUCCUGCUGCAGUUUGUACAAGAUGUGCCGAAGACCCAGACCUUCUGUGGUGACCACUUCCACUACUGUGGUCCAUCCUGCAUACCCACAACAGCCAAGUGUGCCACCUGGUUACCCAGGGGCCAUGUACCAAGGCUAUCAACCAAUGCCUGUCCAGCCAGGGAUGCCAGCUGCGCCUUAUCCUACCCAGUACCCACCACCCUACCCUGCCCAGCCAACUGGCCCUCCUGCCUACAAUGAGACUCAUCCUGGUGCAGGAGCUCCGUACCCCGUCAACCAGCCUCCAUAUAAUCCUGCAUACAUGGAUCCUCCAAAGACUGCUUAUUGAAAGGCUUCUGAAGCUUUCCCCUCUUUUCCUCUCCCUUCCCCCUGCCUCUGAAUGUGUGGGUAUGUGGAUAUCUGUGACAUGCUUGCCUCUCCCAAGUAAAUGCAAACUAUAUGUUGUACCUCUAGCAUUCUGUUUCCUGCAGUAUACAGGCCGGGACCAGAGACCUUGAAAUGACAUUUCUUUAAAAUUUCCUCCGAUCAUUCUGGAGAAUGAGUUGGUGUGAUUUUUUUUUUUUUUUUAAAUACCAAGUCACCUGAAAAAGGAAGAGACUUGUAAAACACAGUGUGAGGGCAGUGCUGGAAGGGUCAUUGUAAGACGUGUUAAAGAUGAAAAUACCCGUGUCAGCCCGUGGCUUUUCACCAGUGGGAGUGGCUGACCUUGACCUGAAGACCAGAAGAGGCACUCCAUGGUGACACUGGGUCCUACAGACCUCACAGAACCCGUGUUCUCCAAAGUGCCCUUCGAGUCAGAGAAAGGGGAGCAGCGUCCAACCGGAUCCAAGAUGGGGUCAAUGGCUUUGAGUCCGUGACCAAAUUCUCCUUAACUCUCUGCUGACCACUGGCAUUUGGUGGUAGCAAAAGACAUUUCCAGAUGCUACAACAUCACUCCCUCUCCUGGGGGCUUCAGCUCCUUCCAUCUCAGGGUCCCUGCUGGGGCCCCAUGUCUCCCUCCUUCCCAUCUCCAUAUGGAAAGAGGAGUGGUUAAGCACAUAACCCUCUCCCGUGCCAAGGGGGAACUUGGAGCCAGCAAAGAGUGCUCAGGGGUGUGUUUUGGGUUAGAGGGGAGGAUCCUCUUUUGAUCUGAGGCCUGAAUUGUCCUGUUGAGGGGUCUAGCCAGCACUUGGCUGAAGAUGUGGCUAUAAAUCUUGCCCCUUCCUCCAUUAGAGGGGAGAUAAGAUGGGUGCUAGGUUUGUCUCAGUUCUGCUGGCUUAGCCACUGCCCUCCAUUCAGUCACCUUGUCAGGAAGAACACCCAGACUCAGGUUUAUCAACCCUUGUUAUUUCUUCAUUUCUUUUUUAACUUUACCCCAGCUUUGGUGGCUGCUAUGGCCUGUGUUUGUCUCCUGAGGCUAGAGAGUUUGAUAACAUUUAAGCUGCAGUUAGCAUAUUCGGCUUGCUCUGAAGUUGGAGUAGGAGAUGGGAUAGGGAGGGAAGAAUCAGAGGGGCAGUGUCCCAAAGGAGAAGAGGGCCAACAACAUUACUCACCUUUCCCCACUUUUGUAAUAUGAGGAGUGGACAGGCUUCAAAAUCCUAUGACCUAGCUUGGGUCCCCUUCUCCUAGCACUCUAUCCUAUCUUUCCUCCCUCUCCCAAAACAAAGGGAAGGGAAGGGGUUUUGAGGGCUCCUUGUGGAAUGGCUGGGUCUUGUCUGGAAGGAGGGGAUGGGUAUUUUGGCUUCAGGGCACUGGAUUUUUCUGUUUUUGUCCCUUUGGCUACUUUUGUUUGUAAUCUGUUGCCUCUGUAUGUUCUGUGAAGGAGCCUGUUCCUAUUUGGGCCAAGCUCCUGUUUAUAAUAAACGAAUGGAUUUGAAAA